AUGGCGAGUUCGGUUGAUGAACCGCCUGCAGGAGCCCAUCACUAUUCCAGCAGAGCAGAAGUUCCUACAGAUAUCCGAAACUACUGGGCCCAGCGCUACACAAUCUUCUCCAAGUAUGACGACGGUAUUUGGUUGACGGAUAAUGCCUGGUUCGGCGUCACCCCAGAGCCAAUCGCACAGAAAAUCGCACAGCAUAUGGCUGACUCUGCUCCUAAGGACAGAAACAUACUUGUAGACGCGUUUGCUGGCGCAGGUGGUAAUACCAUCGCAUUUGCGCAAUCUGGAAGAUGGAAGAGAGUAUACGCCAUUGAGAAAGAACCUGCCGUUCUCCAGUGUGCAAAGCACAAUGCCAAAGUGUAUGGCGUGGAUGACAAGAUUACUUGGUUUGAAGGGGACUGUAUGCAAAUUCUUAAACAUCAGUUGAGCGUGCUGUCGCCCUACAGUGUAAUUUUUGCAAGUCCGCCUUGGGGAGGGCCUGCAUAUCGCGCUGAUGAUGUAUUCGACCUAUCGACUAUGCAACCGUACUCCCUAGCAACACUCUAUUCCGAGUUUUCAGCAUUUACUGAACAUCUAGUUUUAUAUUUACCGCGCACAUCCGAUCUGAGGCAACUUGCAACAAUUGUCAAGGGUGGGAAGAAAGCCUUGGCCAUGCACUAUUGUAUGGAUGGGGCGAGCAAGGCGUUGUGUAUUUAUACAGGAGGAUUCAAUAGCAAUUCGCUUUAA